AUGAAUUUGACCCAACUUUUUGAUAGCAUUGUCCUAAAUGCCCAAGAGGCAAAAGAACAAUUUGAGCGUGGAUUUGAAGGAGAAGCAUUUAAUAGUCUUGAAGAUAUAACGAAAGCUAUAAAUCUUUUGAAAGAUUUUAAAUCAAAGUAUGCAGAGCUGAACAUUAGGAACUCACCUCAUGCUAUCACACAACAGUCACCUUCGACAUCAGUGUCCUCUGUGACACCGAUGGCAUCUUCCACCAAGUUGGUCAAGAGAACUGUUGCACAAAAAUAUGAAAAGCCAAGGAAAUCUUUGAAAACGAGUGUUGAGGACACGCCAACAAUCACGAGUGAAGUGUACGCCCUCAAUGUUCGCGAUCUUCCUAGCGAUCCUUAUACUACCCAGGGACAGCACUUCCAAGUACACCUCUUUGUAAACCGCAGAAACUUGUGGAUGCCUUCUAACAAACAUGGUUUGACUUUAGUGGAUGCAACAGAUUCCAAGGGUGAACAGAUACAUCAGACAUUAAUGGCCAAGAAGAUGCAAAAACUAGACGAAUCUCCGGACUUUCGACCUUUUAAAUUUCGAAUUCAGGCUUUCACAAAUGCUUUUCAUGAAGAAUUACUACGCCAUGGGUAUAACGAAGAGUUAUUGCCCCUGAGGAAGGUUAAGAAUUACUUGUGGACCCAAAGGUAUAUUUCUCGAUUUAAUGAAGAUGGGAAGAAAGCCAAGUCCAAGGGUAAUCACGUUUGGAAUAUAGAGGCUAAAAAGACACCAGACGGUGGAUGGAUAUUUCGGGAAUUUAAUCGCAAAAUUGCGGGAAUUCCCGACAAGGUUGCUUACAUUGGAUUAGAGUAUAGAUAUGCACCUCGGGUUUGGGAUCCACAAGUGAAUGUUAAAUCCAUCAAAGCAGUGUUUCAUUCUCCGUGGCUUCCUGAUUGGUUACGCUGGGAAAAUAAUGUCCUCACAGGCACUCCAGGAAUUGAUGCCGAAAGUUGUGAAAUUACUGCAAUUGCCAAUUACUAUCAUGGGGAUACUGUCUAUAAAUUGGAAAAAUCGUUUAGAAUCAACGUUGCGCAUCCAGAAUCUUCCGAACACCAAAUAAACAUGAACUCAGUGGUAUAA